AUGGCAUCAACAUCGCUAUCUCAAGACAUUCUUUUUCACAUCUUUAUAUCCUUCUGUACUCCGGAUCAGUAUUUACAGAAUUUAAUGCUUGUCUGUAAACAUUGGUAUCGGGUAACCACUUUGGAAAUGUUUUGGAUGAACGUUCUGAAACGCGAAGUACAACAAGAAAUGGAACAGUAUUUGGAAAAGGGGAAUGAUGAUGAUGGAAAACACGAAAAAUCAUCUGUUAUGAAACACGAUCCACGUUACUUUGAACAUUCGCGAUUUACACGAUUGCUGUACAAGCCUAGAUUUUUCAAUCGGGAUCGAAAACGAUAUUUGCAAUAUUUAGAAAAAACUUUUCAGAUGUUUAUUCUACAACAAAAGCCUUUCGAGAAGAGACGAUUAAAUAACCAUGAUAUUUAUGGAAAUACUUACAAAGAGGCUACCAUAAGGUUUUUCAUUCCAAGAAAGUAA